UGACAAACUCACCAAACUCUGUAGACUCUAGAUACGACAUAUCAAGAUCUAGACUACAUGUCAGACAUGUGUCAUGUCUAAUCCAAAUUUGAAUAUCCAGCACUAGCCUUAGAUUCUAGAUCAAUGUAGAUAUAGACUUAUUAUAAUUGAUUUAGAUGCCUCUAGAUUACUCUAGAUCUAAGAAUCUAGUAAUCUAGAUCUGUAUAACUGUAUAAAGUGUAUAGAGAUUAGAGUCUCAGUCUAGAGAUAAUAGAUCAUCUAAUUCUAAUAAAUUCUAGACCUUAGUUUAGUUAGUAGACUAAGUACUAAAGUAGUUACUAGAUCUAGUAUCAUAAGUAUCCAAUCAAUUCCAAUCUACUCAUAAUCUAGAGUCGAGUCUAGAGUGACUGGAGUUAAAAUUAGUAGAGAUAUAUAAUUUAAUACAAAUUGAGGCAAAUAAAAGAAUUAAUCUCAAUGACCAUUAAUGGAAUCUGCCACAGAACUAGAUCUAGAAGAAUCAUCAGAUGAUGAACUUGAAGAUAUUGAAACCUUUAUUCAGACGCCUUCCAAAUGCUUUAGUAAAUACUGCCUUUCUCCAGUUCCAAAUGGAGAUGCCUUGCAGUCUCACAUUAGACCCAAUGAGAAGUCUAUAAGUAAAAACCUUGACACACUUUUGCAAGAAGUUCGGCUCCAGAAUGCUGAGGAGGAUGAUUUGAAUAAAAUGAAAAAAGAAUUAUGGUCCAACAUUGUUAGUGAAUCAGAAACCAUUCAUCAAGACACUAUGGGACAUCUUGAUCUGGCCUCUGAACAUGCCGACCAUAUUAACCAGUUAGAGGUGAAGACAAGCCAGUUGACAAGUGUCUACCCGGGACUUGAAGUAUUUCAUCCUGAUCUGUUUUGUUGCUUAUUCACCGAGCAUGUGAGUCCAUCAGACUUUGGCUUCAUCCCAGUCAACACAGUGGACUUUAAAAUAUCUGAAAUCAUUGCUGAAGAUUGGAAGACUCUACUUAUGUCUAACACGUUGCUUCCACUUAUGUCCAAGAUAUCUUGUGUGGACAAAAUAAUGAUGUGGCUUUGGAAUUUGAUGUCUGUCUGCACCUGUACACCAGCAAUCAUCAGCAAUCUAUUGAGACACAUGGUCAAAAGGCUGGCCAAUGAGAGAGUGCCGAAGAAAACAUUUUGGUGCCCUAAUUCCCAGGAUCUUUUAAGACUUUUAGUCAAUUUAGGAGCAAGACCAGAAGAUCUACAGGGUAGACAAACUUUCUUCAGCAUUGAGGAAGUUAGUACUGCAUUAAGAGUAACAAAGCAGUCCACAGAAAAAACUGAUCCUAUCACUGAUGAAAUGUUUGCUGACAGAUUUAAAACAGUUCUGGAUAUACUUUCCUUAUGUUUACAGACGAGUCCCCUUCAGAAUAAAAAAGAUAUUUCUUCGAUGUUUUACAUGUUAGCUACAACAGCUCUUCAUGCAGCAUUUCCAACAUCUCUGUCUUGGGAGUUUGAGGUGUGUCUCACAUCUUUAUUGGAGUGUUAUAAAUCUUGUGACUGGCAAGAAGUCUUGCCUGAAUUGUCUCGAUGUCUUCUGUGUAUAACUGACCAUCACCACAACCAGGCCCAUCUUCUUGAUUUGAUGCCGCGCAGCUCCAGGGGUCGUUGUCUGAGACAGAUGCUGGGUGUUUUAUUUUUACACUGCCAGCUGGCCCCAAUGAACUCACCACCAAAUCUAGACUAUGAAACAUUGAAAUUGUCGGAUAUUUUACAAAUUGGGUCUAGAAGUAAAGACCAUACCCUAACACCAUUGUGCUCGAGUCUACAGAGCCUGAUUACAACUGACCUUUACAAAUUAUCAUCUGUGAUAACUCUAGUGGAUAAAACUGUGGGCAACGAGAAACAGAGAGGAGAGCAAUCAGUUGCAGAGCUACAGUUCUUGAUUAAUGAAAUUCAAAAAGUGAUAAAAAUAAUUCGUGACAACAUGAAUAAUUUGGAUUACUCCAGGGUGAAAGAUUCUCUGACGUGUCUAACUAUGAAGUGGUCCUUGACAUUACAAGAUGCUAAAAGUCAAGAAAAAACGAUAUUUAACUGGGCCACAGCCAGACCCCACCAACCAGUGCAGCCUGAAGUGUUAAGAGACAUCCAGAAUCUAGAGAUGGAUGAUGACGGCGAUAGUUGUUGAAGCACAAAUUGAGUUUUAUUCCACUCAUAAAAUGUUAAUAUUUUCAUAACGUCUUACACUAUAGUAUUACACUAUAGUCAUUUCAUAGUGAUAUCUGUAACGAUGUACUAUAUUUCACUAUUAUCUUAUACCGUUACUGUAAUGAAAUUCUCUUACUUUUUGUAUGACUUUUUUUUUUCAAUUUUUUACUUCAAUGAUGUUACAUUAAAUCUAAACUUUAAAAAAAAAAUGUGUUAUUAUUGUUAAGACUUUGCCAUGCGCACCGCCAUCCAAGAUAGUGCAGAACGAAGGUGCGCACUAUCUGUGACUAAACAAGUCGGAUGUUGACAUUAGGACUAACGAUUUCCGCCCAAGUCUAGAGCCAAUAUGGAGAUGCUGUGCUCAAGGCAGAUGUCCUUUGUGUUUGUCAUGUCUCCGUGUAAAUAAACGUCAAUGUCCUCGU